AAGCCGCCUCUGUGGACGGAAGCGGACUGAAACGUUAGCAUGGAGGUGAUGUGAACGCGUUGCUGUCGCUGUGGAGCCGCGGACUCGUCACAGGAUGUCGAACCCGGCGCGGAGCGGGGACAUCAUCCACCUGAACGUGGGGGGGAAGAGGUUCAGCACGUCCCGACAGACGCUCACAUGGGUUCCUGACUCCUUCUUCACCAGUCUUUUGAGCGGUCGCAUCUCAACUCUGAAGGAUGAAACUGGAGCUAUCUUCAUCGACAGGGACCCCUCUCUGUUCGCCACCAUCCUCAACUUCCUGCGGACGAAGGAGCUGCACCCCCGCUCCAUCAACGUGCACAUGCUCAUGCACGAGGCCGAGUUCUACGGCAUCACGCCGCUGGUGCGUAAACUGCAGCUGUGUGACGAGCUGGACCGCUCGUCCUGUGGAAACGUUCUGUUCAACGGCUACUUGCCUCCACCAGUGUACCCGGCCAAGCGGCGUAACCGGCACAGCGUAGCGGGGUCGCAGUUCGUGGGCGCCCGGGCCGCAGCUGCAGAGCGGGCGCCGGUCAGACGCAGCAACACCAUGCCCCCCAACCUGGGGAACUCUGGGAUGAUGGGCCGGGUCAGCCAUGAUGAGAGGUCGUUCGGAGGGCAGUCAUCAGACUCUGGCAUGGUUCGGAUCAUCUGUGGUCAUCAUAACUGGAUUGCUGUGGCCUACGCACAGUUUGUCGUCUGCUACAGGGUGAAGGAGUCGACCGGCUGGCAGCAGGUCUUCACCUCUCCUCGUCUGGAUUGGAUGAUCGACGGAGUCGCGCUCAACGCCAAGGUGAUGGGCGGCUCGCUGGGAGACAACGACAAGAUGGUGGCUGUUGCCUCGGCGACGGAGAUCAUCCUGUGGUCCAUCUGUCCAGACGGCAACGGAAAUGAAAUCGGCGUCUUCAGCCUCAACGUGCCGGUGGAGGCCCUCUUCUUCGUUGGUAACCAGCUGAUCGCCACCAGUCACAGCGGGAAAGUGGGAGUGUGGAACGCCGUCACCAAACACUGGCAGAACCAGGACGUGGUUCCCAUCAGCAGCUACGACACCGCGGGAUCCUUCCUCAUCCUCGGCUGCAACAACGGGUCCAUCUACUACAUCGAUGUUCAGAAGUUUCCUCUGAGGAUGAAGGACAACGACCUGCUGGUGACCGAGCUGUACCGGGACCCGACUGAAGACGCCAUCACCGCUCUCAGUGUCUACCUCACUCCCAAGACAAGUGACAGCGGGAACUGGAUCGAGAUCGCGUACGGGACGAGCUCCGGGACGGUGCGAGUCAUCGUUCAGCAUCCGGAGACCGUGGGCUCGGGCCCUCAGCUCUUCCAGACCUUCUCCGUCCACCGCAGCCCGGUCACCAAGAUCAUGCUGUCGGAGAAACACCUCAUCUCAGUUUGUGCAGAUAACAACCACGUCCGCACCUGGACGGUGACCCGCUUCAGAGGGAUGAUCUCCACCCAGCCGGGCUCCACGCCGCUCACCUCCUUCAAGAUCCUCAGCCUGGACGACGUGGACGGACACGGAGGCUGCAGCGCCGGGACAGAGAUAGGUCCGUACGGAGAGAGAGACGAUCAGCAGGUUUUUAUUCAGAGAGUCGUACCGGACACCGAUAAACUGUACGUCCGCCUGUCGUCCAAUGGGAAGAGGGUGUGUGAGGUGCGCUCGGUGGACGGCUCCUCCAUCACGUCCUUCAUGGUGCACGAGUGCGAAGGCUCCAGUCGCAUCGGCUCGCGGCCGCGGCGCUACCUCUUCAGCGGCCACGGCAACGGCAGCAUCCAGAUGUGGGACCUGACCACGGCCAUGGAGAUCGCCGGCAAGGUCGACAUCAGAGCGCUGGGCGGGCCCACGGAGGAGGAGCUGCUGGAGCUGCUGGACCAGUGUGACCUGGCUCUGACCAGAACUCCUGACAGCACCCCGAGAGCCUCCACCUGCAGUCUUCACUCUCAGUUCACAGACGGCUUCAGGACGGAGCGUCUCCACUCUGCAGGAGGACGAGGAGGCGGAGCUCCGGGUUCGGGGGCCUACCUGUAUGGUAGCCUCCCCCGUCAGGCUCCGCCCCCGGUGCCGCUGGCCAAACCUCUCCGAGACGCCGUCCUCUCAUCCGGAGCCGGACCCCCGACCUUCGCCGGCCACGGUCCGACCUACAGCCCCCGCCCCCACAGACCCCCGGACGGGGACAGGGAGUGGGGGGGCGUCCGCAGGGGCAGCUUCGUGGAGCGCUGCCAGGAGCUUGCCAAGGGCUCGGAGGCAGCUGGCGGGUCCGGGUUCGGGGUCCUGGGGGGGGCGGAGGGCAGCAGGCGGAGCUUAGCGGUGUGCUCCGAGCUGGAGGCCCGGUUCGUCCUCAGGACGCCGACCACCUUCUCUGUGUCGCCCGGCGCUCGCCAUUCCCCCGGAUCCCCCCUGUCAUCGCUGUCACCAUCUCCGUUGUCCUCGUCUUCAUCGCACCGCAAGACCACGCCCACUUCCCCAACAAGCCCCACCCCCUGUGCAGUAAGCCCCACCCGGUCUCAGACCCCGGUGUCUCCUCGCCGCAGCGCCGCUCCGUCUCCCGCCGACAUCCCAGCAUCACCGGAGAGCCCCCCCAGUCCAGACCCCCCCUCCACUGGCCCCCCUGCCGGCCCCCCUGCUGGCCCCCCUGCCAGCCCCCCCGCCAGCCCCCCCGACAGCCCCUCCACUGCCCCCCCCGCCAGCCCCAAACCACACAUGAACGAGACCAGCUUCUGAUUGGCCGACUCAGACGCUAAAGAGCGACUCAGCUGAAAAUGAAAAACUCAUUUCCUGGAAACAUGUUUUUAUCAGAUCUGGAUUUGUGAUGUCACACGUUGAGAUGUGAAGCAGCCAAUCAGCUCUCAAGGAGUUCUGUUGCCAUGACUACCACCUGCCGUUUGGUUGUUUGUUGCCGGACGAACUCGCGUCAGUUUGGAAAUGAACGUGAACGACGAAAAAAAGAAUCCAUAUCUUCACAUGAUCUAAACGACUCAGCGGAGGCCUCAGCGACAGUCCUGACCCUAGCAACCGGUUGCUAUGGCGACACAGAACAACACCAGAUGCGUCGUAGAUUUCAGAAUAAAACCGACGCAGUUUCCUGUUUCUUGCAGACGAUUUUUGCUUUUGACCUGAAAUAAUGAGAGAAAAAGCUCAAAAUAAAUAACCCUGGAAAAAAGAGAAGAAGUUGUUCUCGGGUCAAAGUGGAUUAAACGUUGUCGUCUCGCUUCUCGUUCUGGAUUCUGUCCGUCAGAGACGACCGAGGAACUCGGGUCACGUUCCAGAGACGUUGAACAACUCGUCAGGUCAGAUCCUCGUCCAGGAACUCGAAGCUGUGUCGCGUGUUUGUCUGAAAUCAGUGAUUCGCUGGUUCACUGGUUUCUGAUGUUGAAUUCUCCAUCAGGAGGUGGAGACCAAACAUGGAGCCACUGCCCCCCGGUGACAGAAAAGGUUACUGCAGCGUCAUCUGUGCUUUUGUAGCUUUUUGAUAAAGUUUUUAAAAAAACAGAAACUUUUCUAUCUCUUCCUGCUCUGAAUGAUCCGACUCAUGAGUCUGUUCAAACAAAACUAAAGUUUUUUUAUUGAAGCUUUAUUUUUCUAAUUUGUAUGUUUGUGAUGUAAGAAAACGUCAUCGUCUGUUUCUUCACGGAGUCAAACACAAACAUGUCACAGUGUUUAAUUUUCCAUUAAUGUUUGUUUUUUAACAUUAAGAAUUGACGAAUGGUAAAAACAAAGUGAAACUCUGUUGUUUUAUUUUACAGCUUCAUAUUAUUGUCAGGUAAUAGAACCAAUAUAUACAAGCUGUAAGUUAACUACGAAACUCAAUUUAUUAAUCGAUUAAUCACCACAGCUCCAUAGUUUAGUGACAUUUAACAGAUUUAUUUAAUACUCGAAGAAGAUGAAUAGAGUAACUGUAUUUUUUGUUGAUUUCUGAUAUUCACGUUUCACUCGUGGUUAUAAUCAAAUCAUUUUCUCAGUAGGAUUUCCAGGUUUCCUGCGACACACAAACGCAUCAUCCUUCCAUCAUCCAGUGUUUAUCAUCAUCAGUCACAUGUUGUUCCAGCUGAUCUC